AUGAAGGCUGUCGUCGCACAAUCUGGGAGAGCGAUUUUGGUUGGUGAUAGACCUGUCCCUCAGCUUCGUGAUGACUUUGUCCUCAUUAAGACCGUGUCAGUGGCGCUGAAUCCGACAGACUGGAAGCACUUGGAAAAUAAUCUGGUUAAUGACGGAUGUCUUUUGGGAUGUGACUUUGCUGGCGAGGUUGUUAGAGUUGGCGAAGCCGUUACCAAAACCCUUCAACCUGGUGACCGCGUAGCUGGUGUUGCUCACGGAGGAAAUGCUGUCCAGCCCGAGGACGGUGCUUAUGCAGAAUACAUUGUUGCCAAAGGCGACAUGCUCAUCAAGAUCCCCAGUAGCCUUGACUUCGACCAAGCUGCUACUUUGCCGCUCGGCGUGGCAACAGUCACGCAGGGGUUGUACCAGAAGGGAUUGAAAAUGAGUCUACCAGACGUUCCAGUCACGAACGGUACGAGCGUUCUCAUAUACGGCGGGGCUACAGCUACCGGAGCUCUUGGGAUUCAGUUUGCUAAGUUGUCCGGAUACACGGUUCUUACGGCUACAUCUCCAAAGCAUUUUGACUACGUUAAGUCUCUUGGGGCAGACAAGGUCUUUGACUACAGAGAUCCCUGUGUGGGACGUACGAUUCGCACCUUUACCGGAAACACGCUGAAACUGGCAUGGGAUAUUGUCAGCAACCCCGAGUCAGCCAAAGUGUGUGCUGAGGCACUAUCUUCGGACUCGAGUGGAUGUCGAUACGCUUGCUUCCUCGCAAACCGCAGCCCCAGAGAAGACGUGGAAAGCGUGGGGUCCAAUAUGUAUACGGCAUGGGGCGAGUAUUUUACAGUGGGAAGUCUGGAAUACCCGGCGAACGAGGAAGAUUUCCAGUGGGCGGUUAAAUUCACGGGAUUGACGGAGACUCUGUUAGAGAAGAAUAUAUUGAGAUGCCACAAAGGAAGAGUGGGCCAAGGUGGUUUUUAUGGAGUGCUACAAGGUCUGGACGAUUUGAGGAAUCGCAGAGUUCAUGGCGAAAAGCUGGUGUUUCGAACUUCUGAAACGCCUUGA